AUGUCACGCACAGCACUUCUUGUCCGCAAGGCUGAGCCUGACCAUCUCGCCUUGAAGCCGUGGCUAUCCCAUAUCAAGGGGCAAACUACUAUUCGGUGGCAACCAGACUGGGCGACCCGGAAACGGCACUUCUUUGACGCCGGAGAAGCGACUGUUGCCGGGCCCAACGGCGGCACCGACGACGGCACCGCGUGCGCCCGUUUCCGCCUCCCACCAACGUGCGGCGAGGUUUUGCGCCUCGCGAGCAAAAGAAGUACCGGCAUGUACUUUCGCGCCAACGAUCACGAUCUUGGUCACUUCACACGCGGUUAUCGGGCGCAUCAAGCCUAGCGCACACCCUCAAGUCGGAGAAAGUGCGACCAACCACCACCCCCCCCCCCUCUUCUUCAUCACACGCCACGAAGAAAAAAAAAA